UGUCAAAUAUCAUUUACAAAAUUUAAAAAUGUCUGAAAAACAAUUACAGCCACAGAUCAACAUUCCUAUUGAAAUAACCGAUCUACCUCUCUUCGAUGGAUCGGUCCAGAAUAUAAAAGAUACAUUUGUUUCUGAGAUGAAAAGGAUUGAUGAAGAAAUGACCAAGUUUAGUACCAAUAUCCUGGGAUUAUAUGGUCAAACAGACACUACGUUAACAACAUCGAAGGACACAGGAAAGCCACCCACCUGGGAUUCUCUUGCUACUUCCUCACUGAUAGAAGGAGAGGGAGAGAAUAGAGUGAUUAAACUUCAGUUUGAUUUGAGUGGAUUUGAUCCAACUGAGGUGAAUGUGAGCGUCACAAACAACCUACUUCAAGUGACAGCGACACACGAGUUCAAAACUGACACCAGCAGCACCCUCAAAGAGUAUAGAAGAGAGUUCCACCUGCCUCACGGAGUUAACCCUGAGCGAAUUGUGUCUUCUCUUACCAAGGAAGGUGUGUUGCUGGUACAGGCUCCCUUGCCACCGUUGGAAUCUUUGGCUAUUAAAUAA